GCCACUUCUUGUGGCACGAUGACUAGGCUGCCUUAGGCUAGCAGGUCAGCUCCAAGCAGGCGGCAGUCUCUCCAACACCACCACGACUUCGCACCAGCACUCCACCCACCAAAGCCCAUCUUUAUUCGUGUUCAUCGUGAAACUAUCGCACGCAGGUCUGAUGUGUUUCUGUGCUCUGAUUUGAUAAAAAGUCGAUCCCAACGAAACGGCGUUCAAGAUCAAAGCUACCUUGAUUUUCAUCACCCCGUGUAUUCACGUAGAGAUAGGCUUUCUUUUUCCUGUCAAAAUCUCACUCCCCUGAUCACACAUCAAGUAUGCGCAUCGGACCUGAUCGCACAUCAAGUGCGCGCAUCGGACCUGAUCUUCCUGUCUUCGAAUCCACCGCUUCAUCAACCUCUACACGAUGUCAGACCAACAUCGCGACUCACAACAAGACGCGUUGGCUUGGCGACCCUCGCAGCGCAGCACCACCCCAAAGUCAAACCCAUCGCCCGCAAACAUGUCUCUCCAGCCCAACAAGCUCAUCACCACCUACGACGUUCAAGACUCCUCUCCACUGUCGUCAGUACCGUCAGAUUUCUCGCUCUCACCGCUCCGAUCGACGAAGCGCAAGCCGUCCGCAUCUCCAGUACUAUCUGAAUCACGCUCUCCUACACCGCAUUCACCGAAGCGUCUCAAAAUGGCCAAGAAACGCACCACCGCUGCAACGACCAAGAAGGCUGCCAGGAGCACUUCAUCCUCGCCGAUCCGCAAGCAAAACCCUCGCACUACGACUCCGAAACGCACGUCCCCUCGCAACGCCUCUGCGACACCCUCCAAAUCAGCGUCACGUCCCGCCUCUCAUUCACCCUCUUCUACCGCUGCCAAACUGGCCUCAAGCCUUCCACCAUCACCGCAGCAUCCCGGCGCCGGCGCCAAGAUCCAGCCUGCUCGUCAAAAGACAUCCUCUCCAGCUCCGAAACCAGCGUCCCGAGCCAUGACUCCUGCCCAGGCCCCUGAACCGGCUCCGACGUCUUCUCGUCCUGCCCGCGUCCGUCGCGCCCCGGAGCGCCUCGUCGCCGCGCCCACCGCGCCUAAACGCCCCACUCGCGCCCGCAAAGACCCCUUCGCCGACGUCGAACGCCUCCUGACGCACCCAAAAUCGAAGCUCGUCUCCGCUGAUCUGACCGCACGUAGACCCCUUCCUUCCGCUCCCAACGCCCGCGCCUGGGACUGCCUCUCGCCCGCCACCCAGCGCGACCUAAUUCUGCUGCUGCCAAAAUCGGCGGAGAAUGAGGCGCUCGCUGCGCAGCUGGACGGCGCUACGAAGGGGAUUCCGCGCCCGGCGGCACUGAGCAGAGCCAAUGCGGCGCUGGUGGGAGAUGUGGGGCGGUGGAAGGAGGACUUGGGGAACGGGUUCUUGGAGCCCGGAUGGCGGGAGGCGGCGGAGGAGGCAGGGGAAUUGAGGCGGAAUGGGGAGAUGGAUGAGUGGAAGGAGGAGAAGACGGAGAGAUUCUGGGGCCAGAAGAUGGAGGGGAAAGGGGAGUAG